AUGUGGUGGGAAAAUUUCCAAAGAAUUUUGAAGAAUCCAAGAAAAUUUAGAAACUUAACCAGAAGACGAGAAAUAAAAUAUUGGCUUCUUGUUAUUCUAAUCCUCAUCCUGAUUUAUUUAUACACAUCAAAUGGUGACUUUUCUUUCUUUUUGACCCUAUGCUCAACACUCCAAAUGAUAUCUUUUAUAAGUUAAGUUAAGCUAAGUUUAGCGUUAUAAGGCCAUAAGAUGAUACGCCUCUAGCCUGCCUAUCUCGUGUGAGCUCACCUAACCUAAGGAUUAUCUCCUUAAAUUAGAGACACUUUAUGCGGAUGCCCUGCUAGUUCCUAUAAGCAGAGACUAAGUAAAAGGUAAAGCCCCAAGCCUUUCUGGCAAGAGCACAGAAAACCUUCAGGGAAAAAGAAAACUCCUUCAUUGGCAGGCAUCCUACAAAGACCUACUUCAAUAAGUGACAUGGGCACUAUUUUCAGUUUCAUCAGAACUGGUCCGACCUGUGCAUCUCAGAGUCCAUCUGAUGUCACUAUUUUAUUCCUGAUAUCUUUUAUAGGAAUCUGUAUUCAAGUGACUCAUAACACAGAUGGUUUAUCAUUCUAUUCCUUUUUAUACUAUAGCAUUAUAUAUUUCAGCCGCCUCAACUCAAUUAUCCCAUUUGAAAACUACUUACCUUAUGAUACAUCUGGAGAUUGGUUUUAUCAAAUUGUCGAAAUUGCGUCUUUUGGCCAAAGCUUAUAUAUAACCUCAAAACUUUUUGAAGUAAAAGAAUCACCGAUCAUGAUACUUUACUCAAUUCCAUGCAUAAUUUUAUCGCUUUUUGUUCAUGCAACUCUAAACAGAAAUUUUUUGACUGACUGAUUGUGGACUUUAUCAAUGUACAUGGAGGCUGUCGCAUUAAUUCCUUUAAUUGAAAAAUUAAAAAGCACAGAAGCUGUUGAAAACUUUUCUGUACAUUUUGUAGCUGCAAGGGCUGCUUCACAGAUAAUGAGCUCAAUAUUUUGGUUUAAAACUUACAGAGAGUUAAAUAAAGUUUUCAAAUCAGUGAAAAUUAAUUUGUUUCCUGGGUUAGCCGGAUAUUUUGUAUUAGGGUCGCAAAUUAUUUCUUGCUUUUUUACAGCAAACUUCUUUAUUUAUUAUGUGAAAAGUGCAGCAUUUGGAACUCCAUUUAUUUUGCCUUUCAAGUAA